UAUCACAGCUUGUUUUCUCCGUGUGAAUGUGGAGUCCUGACUGGUUCCAGGAAACAGAUCACAUGUCUGAGCAUCCAUGUCACAAGGGAAGUCACAAUGACGUCAGAGGUGCUCUUGAACAUCCUGGAUGAUCUGAGAGAUGAGGAGCUGUCUACAUUCCAGUGGUACCUGCAGCAGCCCAACAAUGUUCAAAGCCUCCCUGCCAUCACAAAGAGUCGACUACAGACAACAAACAGGUGUAAAACUGUGGAUGUGAUGGUGGAGACUUAUGGACUUCAGAGAGCUGUGCAGGUGACCAGGGUGGUUUUAGAGAAGAUCUCCAGGAAUGAUCUGCUGCAGAGGUUGCCUGCCAGCAGCUCAGGACCAGAAGAUGAGACUGUUCCGGUACCAGAAUCACAUCCCAUCAGAUAUUACCAACAGAAGCUUCAAUCAAACUUCCAGGACACGUUUAUGGUUGCAACAGAGGGGUGGGCAGCAGAUGAGGAGCGUCUGGUUGAUAUCUACACAGAGCUAUACAUCACAGCUGGCCGGGAUGUGCACGUCAACACACAGCAUGAGGUCCUACAGAUUGACAAGGUGUGGAAGCCAUCAGACACAGAGACACAGAUCCAACCCAGAGACAUUUUCAAGCAUCCUUCUGGAAAAGACAUACCCAUCAGAACAGUGCUGACCAAUGGGAUUGCAGGGAUUGGAAAAACAUUCCUCGUGCGCAAGUUUGUGUUGGACUGGGCUGAAGAAAGAACCAAUCAAGAUGUGCAUCUUAUUUUCCCAUUCACUUUCCGUGCCCUGAAUUCACUGCAGGGAAAAAAGUUUGUUUUGGCAGAGCUCAUUCAUUUCUGUAUCCCAGAAACUAAAGACGUCACAGUGGAGGCUCUGAAUUACAUCUUUACAGCUCUGCAGUCAUCAGGAACCAGCAACUACCACAAGAGCAGAUUCAAACUGCUGUUUGUGUUUGAUGGACUGGACGAGAAUCGCCUUCAUCUGGACUUUGAUGACAACAUUCGCUCCGUGGACGUAACAAAGUCAACUAAAGUGGAAGUCCUGUUGAGGGAACUUAUCAGUGGAAAACUGUUGCGCUCAGCUCGCCUCUGGAUAACCACACGACCUGCAGCAGCCAAUCAGAUCCCUCAAAAUCUCGUCAACACCACAACAGAGGUCAGAGGGUUCAAUGACCCUCAGAAGGAAGAGUACUUCAGGAAGAGAUCCAGAGAUAAGAGGCAGGCCCACAGCAUCAUCUCCCACAUGAAGACAUCACGAAGCCUCCACAUCAUGUGUCACAUCCCAGUGUUCUGCUGGAUCACUGCUACAGUUCUGGAGGAGCUGCUGGAGACCAGAGAGGGAGGAGAUCUGCCCAGAACCCUGACUGAGAUGUACACAGAGUUUCUCAUACUUCAGAUUGAUCACACAAAAGAAAAGUACAGUCCAAAGAAGUGCCAAAAGUACAUUAAGUCAUUAGCCAAACUGGCUUUUGAACAGCUGCAAAAGGGCAACUUGAUCUUCUAUGAGAAAGACCUGAGAGAAAGUGGCAUCAAUGUGACUAAAGCCUCAGUGUACUCAGGAGUGUUCACAGAAAUCUUCAAAGCAGAGCGAAGACGGAAAGAGAAAGACAAGAUGUUCAGCUUCGUCCAUCUGAGUGUUCAGGAGUUUCUGGCUGCUCUUCAUGUCCAUCAGACCUUCAUCAACUCUGGAAUCAACCUGCUGGAGGAAGAACAACAACAAACUGCCUUCAAGAAGCUGAAAGUAUUUCUAAAGAAACCUGAACUAAAAUAUCUCCACCAGAGAGCUGUGGACGAGGCCUUACAGAGUCCAAACGGACACCUGGACUUGUUUCUGCGCUUCCUCCUGGGUCUGUCACUGCCGACCAACCAGAAUCUCCCACAAGACCUACUGACACAGACAGGAAGUCACUCACAGACCACUCAGGAAACAGUGGAGUACAUCAAGGAGAAGAUCAGUGAGAAUGUGUCUGUAGAGAGAAACAUCAAUCUGUUCCACUGUCUGAAUGAACUGAAGGAUGUUUCUCUAGUGGAGGAGAUCCAACAGUCUCUGAGAUCAGGACGUCUGUCCACAGAUGAACUGUCUCCUGCUCAGUGGUCAGCUCUGGUCUUCAUCUUACUGUCAUCAGAAGAACAUCUGGACGUGUUUGACCUGAAGAAAUACUCUGCUUCAGAGGAGGUUCUUCUGAGGCUGCUGCCAGUGGUCAAAGCCUCCAAGAAAGUUAUACUGAGUAGCUGUAAUCUGUCAGAGAGAAGCUGGAGAGCUCUGUCCUCAAUCCUCAGCUCCAAGUCCUCCAGUGUGACAGAGCUGGACCUGACUAACAACAACCUGCAGGAUUCAGGAAUGAAGAGUCUUUCUGCUGGACUGGAGAGUCCACACUGUAAACUGGAAGCUCUCAGACUUAAUAACUGUAAUCUGUCAGAGAGAAGCUGUGGAGCUCUGUCCUCACUCCUCAGCUCUCAGUCCUCCAGGGUGACAGAGCUGGACCUGAUUAACAACAACCUGCAGGAUUCAGGAGUGGAGAGUCUUUCUGCUGGACUGGAGAGUCCACAGUGUAAACUGGAAGCUCUCAGGCUGUCAGGCUGUCUGGUCACAGAAGAAGGCUGUGCUUCUCUGGCCUCAGCUCUGAGCGUCAAGCCCUCAAAUCUGAGAGAGCUGGACCUGAGCUACAACCAUCCGGGAGACUCAGGAGAGAAGAUGAUGAGGUCUAAAGUGGAGGAUCCACACUGUAGACUUGAAACUCUCAGGGUGACGCCUGCUGGAGUCCAAUGGUUGACACCAGGUCUCUGGAAGUAUUCCUGUCAACUCACAGUUGACACAAACACAGUAAACAGAAAACUCAAACUGUCUGACAACACCAGGAAGGUGAUACGUGUGAAGGAGGAUCAGUCGUAUCCUGAUCAUCCAGACAGGUUUGACUUCUGGCCUCAGCUGCUGUGUAGAACUGGUCUGACUGGUCGCUGUUACUGGGAGGUGGAGUGGAAAGGAACGGUAGAAAUAUCAGUGAGUUACAGAGGAAUCAGAAGGAAAGGAGACAGUGGUGACUGUGUGUUUGGAUGGAAUGAUCAGUCCUGGAGUCUACGCUGCUCUGAUGAUGGUGGUUACUCUGUCAUUCACAAUAAGAGUCAAACAUCUAUCAGGUCCUCCUCAGUCUCUCACAGAGUUUCAGUUUAUGUGGACGUUGAUGCUGGAACUCUGUCCUUCUACAGAGUCUCCUCUGACUCUCUGAUCCACCUCCACACCUUCAACACCACAUUCACUCAACCUCUCUAUCCUGGAUUCUGGUUCUUCAGGCCUGGUUCCUCCUCAGUGUUUCUGUGCUGAGUUCAAUCUCCAGAGUCUUCUCCUGGUAGAGAAACAGUGUUGAACAGAUAGUUGAGUCUCUCCAUGACUCAACUUCUUCCUUUUCAAAGAUGGAAGUUGUGAUUAUUCCAGGAGCCAAAUGUGGUGUUUGUGUCUUUUUCCAGUCAAAUGUUGAGAGUGAAUAUCAGGAUGUGGUGUUCCUCUGACACUCACUUGAACUAAAAGCAUUUGAGCUGUACAAAGUGUGAAAUGAGAGAGGAAGCAGUGAAUCUACAAAAUGCAGACAGACUUUCAGACAUUGCUGUCCAGUGAAAAUCCGUUUUUUGUGCAGCCAGACUUGAUCCUGAUUUGAGUGUUUAAGUCCUGUUGUAGUAAUGAAAUGAAAACUUCAUCUUAUGUAUGAUGGAGAAGAAUAAAGGG